ACUCUCUCUCUCUCUCUCUCUCCCUCUCUCUCUCUCUCUCUCUUGUGGAUGUUUGAACGGUGAUUUAAGAGCCCCGUAGUUUUCUGCUCAUCCUCCGGUUUGCCCUCUCAAACGCAACACAACGCUUAUCUCUCCCUUUCUUUACUCAUUCUCCUCAUUUGGAUAAAUCCAACCCAAAUCUCUCUCCCCCCUCCUUUUCGGGAGAUUCAAUCAAAACCCUAAAUCUCGAUCCCAUCUUCGCUCACAAUUUUUAGGUUUUUUUUUCAUCUCUCCCAAAACCCAUCAACAUUAUCUUAACAAAACGGUCAAAAUUUCCCUUUAUCCAUCUCUCUUUUGUUUUUUUGUUUUUUUUCACUCUCGCUACCAAUGUCUCGCUCAAGAGCCCUUCACCCACACCCGUAAAUACGCACACGUAUACACCACACAUACGCGUGUAAAUACACGCGCGCUCGCGCACAUAUACAACGUCUAUAUAUAUAUAUAUAUAUAUAUACUUAUCAUAUUAUAGAUAGAGAAAACUAAACUAAAGAAUCUAGGUUAACAUUUUCUUGAUGGAUUUCUGGUCAAGGAGAGAGAUAGAAGGGAAACAAGCGCAUGAUCCCUUGUUCAUCAUCAAGAACCACCAAAACGCGGUGAUGACGUCAUCACGCGACCGCGAUGGAGGUUCGCCGGCUGUAAGGCGCGUUUGCGUUCCGGGGCCAGUGAUUGUCGGAGCGGGACCGUCGGGGCUUGCGGUGGCGGCGUGUCUGAAGGAGAGAGGGAUACCGUCGGUACUCCUCGAGCGGUCUCACUGCGUCGCAUCGCUUUGGCAGGUCAAGACCUACGAUCGUCUUCGUCUGCAUCUCCCCAAGCACUUCUGCGAGCUCCCUCUCAUGCCUUUUCCCGCCGAUUUCCCUACGUACCCCACGAAACAGCAGUUCAUCGAGUACCUCGAGGAGUACGCAAGACGCUUCGACAUAAGACCCAGGUUCGGCGAGACAGUAGCGGCGGCGGAGUUCGACGCCAGCCUCGGGAUGUGGCGCGUGAGGACCACGCGCCUCCGUGACGGAGAGGAAGAGGGGAAGGAGACGACGGAGUAUGUCUGCAGGUGGUUGGUUGCGGCGACGGGGGAGAAUGCGGAGCCGGUGUUGCCGGAGAUAGAGGGGAUGGAGGAGUUCGCCGGCGACGUGAGGCACACGUGUCAUUACAAGAGCGGUGGAGAGCUCGCCGGAAAAAGGGUUUUGGUCGUGGGCUGUGGAAACUCCGGCAUGGAGGUCUGUUUGGAUCUCUGCAAUUUCGGCGCUCAACCUUCUCUUGUUGUCAGAGACACUGUGCACGUCCUACCACGAGAGAUGUUGGGUUCUUCGACUUUUGGGUUGUCCAUGUUAUUACUCAAGUGGUUGCCCAUCCGGCUCGUGGACCGGCUCCUUUUGGUCGUUUCCCGGUUCAUGCUCGGAGACACCACCCAGUUCGGUCUUAACCGGCCCCGGUUAGGCCCUUUAGAACUCAAGAAUAUAUCGGGAAAAACUCCGGUUCUUGACGUCGGAACGCUCGCCAAGAUCAAAGCGGGAGACAUCAAGGUGUGUCCGGGGAUUAGACGGCUAAAACGACACGAAGUUGAGUUCGUUAGCGGGAAGACGGAGAGAUUUGACGCCAUAAUAUUGGCAACUGGCUACAAAAGCAACGUACCCUCUUGGCUAAAGGAGAAUAAAAUGUUUUCAGAGAAAGAUGGGUUUCCAAAGCAACCAUUCCCGGGGGGGUGGAAAGGGGAAUGCGGGUUAUAUGCGGUUGGGUUCACGAAACGUGGGAUUCUCGGGGCAUCCAUGGAUGCGAAGCGAAUAUCUCAAGACAUAGAGCAGUGUUGGAAACAAGAAGUUAAACAUAGCAUGUCGUCCUCAUGAUCAUGAUCAUGGUAUAUAUAUAUAUAUAUAUAACCUCGACGACUUUGAUUAAUUUUCCAAAUUCUUUUUUGAGAAAUCUUGAAACUGCAUGGCCAAAAAAAGGGAAAAGCCUCGAUGAUCAUUCCUCGUCCUCGUCGUGGCAAUGGUUACCACAAAGAUGCGAUUGCAAAUUGGAAGUGAGAGAGUGAUUGAAAUUAAGAAAUGGAAUUGAUGAUCGAUCAUCUACCAAAGGAGGAGGGGGACCCUCACUUGCAUGCUCGACGACCUACUUUGUACAUCUUAUAUUAUAUGUUCUUUUUUAUAUAUAAAUAUAUUUCCAAGUGACAUCUUUUUUAUUUGUUUUUUUUUUCAAUUUGAAUUUCUCUAGUUAGGUAUAAUGACUUUGUUUCUCGGUACUCGUCCCAAAUUUUUGGUAGAGGGUUGUGUAAUGAAGGGUUUCUUCUUCU